AUGGUGGCGGGAACUGGAAAUAUCCUCAUUAUCACCGCAACUUCCAUGGACAACAGUCUGCAGUCACCCAUGUAUUUCUUCCUGAAACAUCUCUCCUUUCUGGAUUUGUGCUACAUUUCCGUGACUGUGCCCAGGUCCAUUUACAACUCUUUCAUGCACAAUGGCUUCAUUUCCCUCUGGGAAUGCAUGGUGCAGUGCUUUGCUUUUGUUCUCUGUGCUGCCGCUGAGAUGUCCAUGCUCACAGUGAUGUCUUAUGAUCGCUACGUGGCCAUCUGCCUUCCACUGCACUACGAAACUAUCAUGGAUGUUCACACCUGUGUUCUCGGAAUUUUAGGUGUCUGGAUCAGUGGGGUCAUUUCUGGAACCAUGCACACAGCUGCAAUUUUCUCCAUGCACUUCUGUGGUUCCCAUAUCAUUCAUCAGUUCUUCUGUGAUGUCCCUCAUCUCACGAUACUCUCUUGUUCUAAUGAGUACAUCAACGAUAUUGGAAUCAGUGCCUUUCUUGAUGUCUUAUAUGAUCGCUACCUGGCCAUCUACCUUCCACUGUACUACGAAAUCAUCAUGGAUGCCAGCACCUGUGUUCGUGGAGUUGUAGGUGUCUGGAUCAGUGGGGUCAUUUCUAGUGUCAUGCACACAAUUGCCACUUUCUCCAUGCACUUUUGUGGUUCCCGUAUCAUUCACCAGUUCUUUUAUGACAUCCCCCAACUCCUGAAAAUCUCUUGUUCUAAUGAGUAUACCAGCAAAGUUGGUGUCACUGACUUGUUGAGUAUUUUGGCAUUUCUUUGUGUCACAUUAAUUGGACUGUCCUAUAUCCAGAUAUUCUCUACUGUGCUGAGGAUGCCAUCUCCUGAGGGCAGAGCUAAGGCCUUUUCCAUUUGCCUUCUCCACCGUGCUGUUGUCAUUUUAUUUAUUUCUACAUGUGGCAUUGAGUUUUUCCAGCCACCUUCUGACUCUCCAAGUACACUGGAUAUUUUUCUCUCUAUUAUGUACACAGUUUUGCCUCCAACACUCAAUGCAAUGAUCUAUAGCUUGAGAAAUAGAGCUAUAAAAGCAGCUCUAAGAAAGGCUGUCAGAAAAAGAAAAGCUGAAUUCUUUAGUUGA